UUCCUUUUGCGGCAAACUUGAUACUUCGACUAGCGCGGAGCAGAGCUCGUCACGGGAGCAACCCGAACAUUUGUCAAGGCGCCCAUAGUUCUCCAAUCCUAGCAUCUGUCUGUAACCGGCCGUCCUGACCGGCUUUGCCGUCAUGAAGCUUGCUAUCGCCGCCGCUGCUCUUGCUGCUUUCCUUCCGGCUCUUGGAGCAUCCCCGACCGAAUUUCGCCGAGAUCUCCCCACAAACAGCAAGAGUCUUUCGCUCUCCCUACACAAGCACGCCCCGCCCCGGACUCGAAUGUUGCGCACGGUUCAGAGAAAUAUGCGGUACACGACCCUUUGGCGCUCCACAAAGAUUAAUCUUACACGAAAAGUGAGCAACCCGCACAGAGUCACUGGACGUCCGGGUGUACAUCGGUACCCCUCCACAGAAGUGCACAUGUUGGUCAGCACCCAUUCUGCGCACACAUGGGUUGAGGCUCCAACCCCAGAGCUCUGUGAUACAGGAGCAUGCUCUUACCCUGGGGUCUACAACAACUAUAGCUCCUCAUCCUAUGGGGAAAUCCAGCAUAAACAACUGUGGAUGAACUGAGGCAACGAUGUUAUCGCUGAGGACGUGUGAGCUAAGGAGACCUUCACCUUGGGUCUUGACCUGGAGUUGUAUAAUGUCACGUUCGGGUACCCUUACAUAAUGCCCGGGAUCAGAGUAAGUACUCUUGGUUUGAGACUGGAACCGCACGAAGCUACCGAUGGUUGGCACUAUCCGACUUUUGUUGAUCAGCUUUACGAACAAGGCUUGAUCGGAGGUUGCUUCUUCCGCCUCAAUCUUGGCCAAUACCA